GGGAUGUUGCUCCAGUGCCUCUGCUGUCGUGCUGCAUGUAGCCGAGUGUGUGUGUGUGUGUGUGUGUGUGUGUGUGUGUGUGUGAGAGGACGACCCGGCUGCUGCUGACGGCUCACUGGGAACCAGACAGCAGCCCAGCCUCGACUCCACAUCCCGGAGCCCGCUGACGGACUGUCUGACCAUAGCGGGGUCUUCAGUAAACGAGCAAACCGGGAGGAUACGUGGACUAGAGAGGGAGCAGCAAUAGCCCGAGGUCAGAGAAGGUGUUUUUGGUUGCAGACGUCCUGAGUAAUCUUGUGCCAUCUCUAAAUCAAGAGCAUUAGGCCUAGUUAGCUACAUUGACAGACAAUCACCAUACGUCUUUUUUGUUUUAGUAUUUUGGAACUCAAAGUGACAAAUUCAACAUUUGGAGUGCCUCAGCAACAUAAAACACUACCCGUGUGGCCUCAGUUAUUUCAACUUUCCACCUCCUGUGUGCUCGCACGGUGCUUGCUGUAAAGUGGCAGAGAUGACAUCCCAAAACCUCUUCGCCUCAGCCUCGUUACACAGCUCGACACAAGGAUAACAUCAAUCCCCCAAGCGCCACUCGAGGACCAACACACUCCCAGACACAGAGCCCCGCCCCUGGCUUCAGGCAGCAUGGGAGACGGGAGCUGGGUCUGUCUGAACCCAGCUGAGUUCACCCAGCUGCAACAAUACAGCGAGUAUUCCACAAAGAAGCUGAAGGAUGUGCUGGAGGAGUUUCACGGGGAAGGAAUUCUUUCCAAAUACAAUCCAGAGCAGAAGCAAGACGUUCUCAACCAACCCAUUGAUUAUGAGGGCUUCCAGCUUUUUAUGGCCACUUACCUGGAAAACGACAUUCCAGAGGAGCUGUGUCAGCACCUCUUCACAUCCUUCAAGAGCAAGACAGGAGGCUGCUCUCCCGAUCAGUCUUGUGCAGGAACCAGCUUACUGGAGGCCCGUUCCAUUGACGCAGGCAUCUCUAUUCAGACCGAAGUGGCCUGUGCCCCCAUUACAGGGAUGAACGGGAAGAGCAUCCUGUCGGCGAUGGGCCGGCACACACCGGAGCACUGCAGUCUGAUGAACGCAGCGGCCGGCUCGGGAGCCAGCACCUCCCCUCGUCUAUCUCGCUCCUCCUCACAGCAUUCAGGGACGGGGGCCUGCACACCUGGAGGUCCCCAACGAUCACCUAGCACCCAGGUCAAAACCUCAGAGGCGAGCAGCAAUGCCCUGAGCCCCAACGCUGGUCCUGCCAGGUCGCCAGUGUCCCCCAAACCUUCACCAGAGAGGAGCCACUCCGAGAAGCAUUUGUCGCUGCGGAGGAGUCCGUCGCCCCAGAAAGGCUCCCCGCCGCCCCAGGUGGUCUUUCUCAAGGACAUCGUCUGCUACCUUUCCCUGCUGGAGAGAGGGACGCCGGAGGACAAGCUGGAGUUCAUGUUCCGGCUGUAUGACACCGACGGCAACGGGGUUCUGGACAGCUCGGAGCUGGAUCGCAUCAUCAAUCAGAUGGUGCACGUGGCCGAGUAUCUGGAGUGGGAUUCAACAGAACUGCGACCGAUACUGAAGGAGAUGAUGGAAGAGAUUGACUACGACAGAGACGGGACAGUCACACUGGAGGAGUGGAUCAGAGGAGGCCUUACCACCAUCCCUUUACUGGUCCUGCUGGGCAUGGAAACGAACGUACAGGAAGACGGGCAACACGUCUGGCGUCUGAAGCACUUCAACAAACCAGCCUACUGUAACUACUGCCACACCAUGCUGCUCGGAGUCCGCAAGCAGGGCCUCUGCUGCUCCUUAUGCAAGUACACAGUGCACGAACGCUGUGUGUCCAAAGACAUCGCUGCCUGCAUCAGCACCUACGCCAAGUCCCGGAGACACACUAACGCUACGCAGCAUGUUUGGAUGGAGGGUAACUCUCCCACCAAGUGCGACCGCUGUCACCGAAGCAUCAAGUGUUACCAGGGCCUGACGGGCCUGCACUGUGUCUGGUGUCACAUCUCGGUGACCUUGAGGACCACACUCUCUUGCCUUCGUACAAUCGCCCCGUUUGUCUUGGACCGUCAUUCUGUGGUGAAGCGUGGUGAGGGGGAGUCGCCACCCAGCACCAGCCCCGAUGACAUCACUCAGAUUUUCAAGUUCUCCCCUGGAGACGGACAAGCACUGCAGAUCACCCCUCUCCCAGGUACUCGCCCGCUCCUGGUCCUGGUCAAUCCCAAGAGUGGAGGGAGACAGGGGGAGCGGGUGCUGAGGAAGUUCAGGUACCUACUAAACCCCAGGCAGGUGUACAGUUUGGACCAAGGGGGACCAAUGGUAGGGCUCAACUUUUUCCAUGAUGUCCCUGAUUUCCGGGUGCUUGCUUGCGGAGGUGACGGCACUGUGGGCUGGAUCCUCGACUGUAUAGAUAAGGCCAACUUCGCCAGGCACCCUCCAGUGGAUCUCCCUCUGGGCACAGGGAACGACCUGGCUCGCUGUCUCCGGUGGUUCUCGGCAGGAUACGAGGGCGGCAGCCUGUUGAAGUUUCUCCGGGACAUUGAGCACAGCACAGAGGGGGUGCUGGACCGCUGGAACAUAGACAUCGUCCCUGAUGACAAGGAAGAGAAGGGAGACCCUGUCCCCUACAGCAUCAUCAACAACUACUUCUCUAUUGGAGUGGACGCCUCCAUCGCCCAUCGCUUUCAUCUGAUGCGAGAAAAGCACCCUGAGAAGUUCAACAGCAGAAUGAAAAACAAGCUCUGGUACUUUGAGUUUGGCACCACUGAGACCAUAUCUGCCACCUGCAAGAAACUUAACGAAUGCAUAGAAGUCGAGUGCGACGGGAUCAUCAUGGACCUCAGCAACACUUCCCUAGAGGGCAUCGCUGUGCUCAACAUUCCCAGCAUGCACGGCGGCUCCAACCUGUGGGGCGAGACGAAGAAGAGGAGGAACUACAACCGCAUGAGCAAGAAGGUUCCUGACAGGAUGCCGGCCAGCACCGUCACCGACGCUAAAGAGCUCAAAUUUUGCAUGCAAGACUUCAGUGACCAGCUGUUAGAGGUGGUUGGCCUGGAAGGGGCGAUAGAGAUGGGUCAGAUCUACACUGGACUAAAGAGUGCCGGUCGCAGACUGGCUCAGUGUGCCAACGUCACCAUCAGGACGUCCCGGCGGCUGCCCAUGCAGAUCGAUGGCGAGCCCUGGAUGCAGCCCCCCUGCACGAUCAGGAUCACACACAUGAACCAGGUCCCGAUCUUACUGGGCCCGCCUCAGAAGACGCCGUUCUUUUUCUUCAAGAAACGCAACCGGAGCCGCGACUAGGAUACAUGCAAGCACACAUAAAAACACACAGAGUCCAUAUAUACGCAAACACACACACACACACACACACACACAUGCCACCCACUGUACAGGCAGCUCCAUCAGGUGACUGGUACACUGUUCCCUGGUUGGAGAAUGAAAGUGGGACGUUCAUCAACAGGAUCACAGUGUGGAACAUUCCUGAAGUCAAGAUGCCUACAGACAAUUAAUUCCCAGAGGAAUGUGCAGUGAAGGCACCCGAAAAUUAAUGACUCUCAGUACAGUACCGACCUUUUCCUGUGUAACCAUCAUCCUCUAGUUAUUUUCCCCAAAACUACGUCCCAGCCAUGGAUUUAGUUUGAUCUCUCAAACCAAAAUAAACUCAUGCCAGUACUGCACUGCCCGCUAAUCAAAACUCUGGGGGCUGGGAUUUCAUCACAGCCCUCAAAUGAAGUACAGAAAGUGCUAGUAAGGGGACGUGGGGGUUUAAAGAAAGCAGGUUGUGUGAUGAGAAAGAAAGAACGCCAACACACUACAGGGAGAAUGAGAGAGGGAGAGCGGUGUGGCAGUGACCGUGGUUGUCAACAAGGCCGGUGAGUAAAUAGAGAAACAUCCACCUCUUCGUUAAAACACCUGUAUGAAUAAUGAAACAGCGGUUGCUUGUAAGAGCGCUCGCUGUGGGGCCUCCCCACAGACUGACAGCACGGCACAGCCGAGCAGAGACGGGAGGAGCAGCCUCAUCCAUUAUUGACUUAUUUUGUUUGUGGGUUGAUGGCAGCAGGGCGUAACAGUGGCCUGGAAAGGGUUGGAACAUGCAGGGAUUUUGGCCCCUUAGCAUCACUGGGCUAAAACACAUCCUCUAAACCAUAUUUACAGACAUUUGCGUGGAUGAUCUGGCGAUCGACUUCAGGCAGAGGAAGUUCCUGUCCAUUUGUUCUCAAGCUACCGGUAUAGAAAUCCAGUUGAGAUUGAAAGCAGAGAUUGGAGACACUGUCAUUCUUAAGAAACUCAUCGGUCCUCUGUAGUUGUUGAACGAUACGGCUACAUCUACGCUUUAGGUUUUCAUGUUUAAGCUGCGUUGUGAGACAAAAAUGAUCUCCACUUUUAGCUCCAGUUGCAGAACUAAUCUCUGUCCAUAUUAACACGACUGACAACACAUAUCACAUGACCAUUCCCAUACACUGGGCAUGCACAUGCUAGUGUAAACAGGAAGCAGAUUGUCUGACGUGACUCUGUGAAAAUCAUGGAUGUAUAAAUUGAAAAUACAGAAAAUACUUUGGAGAAAGAACGAGGGCUAAAAGUAAGAGCAGGGAUUUAUUAUAGGUCGGUUUGUGAGCCUACCUAACCGAGAAGACGUGCGUUGUCAUUUCCAAAGGUCUCUGUUUCUGAAAAUAGAUGUAUAAAAAAAUCAAAAUACCGAGAUGGUCAACGCCGCUUCCGCACUAUGGGGCCCAUGGAGCUGGCGCACUAGGGACUUGCUGGUGUGGCGCUCUGCUAACUCGAAUGGGGAUUAAAAGAUUCAAUUGUGCGGCUCUUCUAGACUUUCUGAAUGUUGGGGUGAAACGAGUCAUUUCGCAGGGGUUGUUACUGAUUUACAGACGUCUCUUUUGCCGUGUAAGUCAAUGGGAAAAUGUCUUUUGGGGGUUUAUCGCGGGAUGGAUGAUGAAGUUGUAAUACACUUGUUUUGGCCACUAUAAAUUGGCUUCAAAGUCCGGCGCAUUUCCUGGGGGUCUGAUCCAGACCAAAGAGCAACCCUGGAGUUUUCAAACCAAAACAUCACACCAAAUGUCUCAGAAUGUAGUGUGGAUGCAAGGCGUAAACAUGGCAAAGACAUUUGUUUUUUAAACCAAAACAUAGCAGUGCAGAUGUAGUCCAACGCUACCAUCUAAACUGGAUCAACAGCAGCUCCUGUGCCAUACAGUAUGGGACACUUCUAGUGGAGGAUUGAAACAAAUCCCCACAAGGGUAUAACAGCAGGGGCCCCAAGGGUUUUUAUUUACCAGAGCAUUGACAGGGGCACUAAAUUCAUCCUUCUAUUUCAGGGAGGGUCUUAAUUCUCCCGCAGUGAAACUGUACGCCUAAUUACCAUGUCAAACAUCAACUCACAAUGUCAAGUGUGUUGUUGGAGUGCAAAUCCCCGAGUCUGCCCUCACUGCUUUAAUGCAUUCAUGACUUGUUUACCAAAUAAGGAGGAGAUGGUACUGUGGAGGAAUGGAAGAUGGAUAUAUCAUUCAGAAACCAGAGAGCUUAGUUCAGUGUUUAUGAAGAACGUAUCCAUAUUAAUGCCCCCUCAAAAUGGCAUAGUACACUAUACAGUGUGUGCAGAAAGAGUAUAUGUAUAUUUCUGGAACGUAGGAGUAGCUCACAUAUACUGUACAAGCAAAUGUGUUUUUAAUAUAUCAUUGUAAUUAAUGUGGACAUCUUAGUUUAGAGGAGUUCAGAUUAGUAUUCUCUGCCGUACGGAGCUGCUGCAGUCGCUCUCUGAGUAAGUUUUGUCUAAUUCACAUUGUUUUAGAUCAGGGUUUAGUGUUGUAUCCUCUCCUCUUCUCAGCUUGGCUUCGUCCUUGCUUGUUAAAGAAACGGGAACAACAAGUGCAUCAGAAUUACAGAAUGUGUGACAAAAUAAUCUCUUGGUUCGCACUGAGCUUUAAACACGGCCUUCAUCGGCGAAUGGAGCUGGCUGGAGUCCCUGUCUACCCUCUAAAAGUAAAGCUAGACCAAUAAUAAGUUUAUUGCAGAUACAUUGGUGUUGGCGUACAUGUUGGCAGAAAAGAAAUAAGAAAUUACAGUAAAGCAAUGUUCUGAUACUGUAUGAUUGGUGUAUUUUAACAAAUAUAAUCAUCAGCCUCUCUGAGGCUGCACCAACGUUUAGCUAAAUGCUAAUCUUAGCAUGCUACAUGCCCACAAUUCCAAUGUUAACAUGUUUAUGUUAAGUUUACCAUGUUUUCCAUCUUGCUUUAGCAUGCUAAUGUUUGUUAAUCAGCACCAAGCACAGCUGAGGCUGAUGGGAAUGUCAGUAGUUUUGCAGGUAUUUGUAUCAAAGUAUUAGUAGUAGUAGUAAGUAAAGUAAUAGUAUCAAAUUCAACUUUUGACCUGAAAACCUAAAACCAUAGAACUAAACCUCAUGGUGACACUAGAGGAAAAGUCAGAGGAUAAACUAAGUCAGUAGGAUUUAUCAUCUGGGGACCAUGUAUGUCCACACAAGGUUUCAUGGGAGUGCAUCCGCUAAGUGAGUUAGUUCAGUCUGGACCAAAGUGGCCAUCCCUCCCAGUCGGGAUAAAAUAAAGUUUAUUUUUCAACUGUAAAAUGUCCCACUCAGUACAUAUCUCAGCCAUAAUUCUUUAAAGAACAUAUUUAAGGGAGGCCCCUAGCUCACCAAGUACAGUGUGCACCCCAUGUAGGCUAAGUCCUUUGCAGUGGCUCAGGUUCGAAUCCGACCUGCGGCCGUUUGCUGCGUGUCAUCCCCUUUCUUUCCUAUCCUAUCUAAUAAAGGGAAAAGUCCCAACAAAUAUGUAUAUAUAUAUAUAUCUAUAUAUAUGGACCUUGAAGUGAGAAUAUUUUGUCACACAUACUUUCCCCAAGUUGAAGAACGAACUUUCAUGCUCAAGAAAACAUUAUCGAUAAUACACUGUAAAUAUGUGAAUCUUAAAAGUCAAACAAGCUUUAUGCGAGUUAGACGAUUGUGGGAAAACUGUCUUGCACCCGGUUGAAAUGUGUGUGUGAAGAGCGCGGGGCGGAGGGAGACUGCUGAGAGGUUCUGACGGUACAAACUGAGCUCCACUGUAGGGUCAGGCUCUGAUGCCUUUAGACCCGGUUUCCCUUUAAAAUCCCCUGAGUCGUUCCUCUUGCACCCAGGCCCCAUGGCAGCAGACAGGUUGGUUGUCAUGUCACGGUCAUCCAUCUCAAUGGUCCAUGUUUGAAUACACUGUACAUCUGUUGAACUGUCAGUAAUGCUAAGGCACUGUGGGAAUGUCACAAGAUGAGAAAUACAGCACAUUAUGAUCAUUUUCUCCCUAAUUUGUAGUUUUUUUCCCAAUGGAGCCUGGGCGCCGAGAGAUCUCAGUGGGAAAAGAGUGCAUGUUUACAGUAACUUUACAUUUAUUGAGAGAAUUGUUUUAGACGGCUAUAUUACCCAGUGUAUAUAUUUGUUUAUAAUAUUUUAUCUGAAGUUAACUUACAUCACCGCAUGCCUGCUGAAACAAAAGGAGAGUGAACAAAAAGGAGAGUGUGGAUCAGACCAUUCAAAACUUAUUUCUUUGGUUAAAACUUCCGUUAAUUGGAUAUACAUUUGUUCAUUGUGGUUUUCUUUUCUUUUUUUUUGGCAGCAUGUUUAUAAUCAUGUGCAAGAAAAGGCAGGGAAGCAGCUGUCUUGUUACAUUAAAAAGAAAAAAAAGUCGAAUCCCCGGAUGAAGUUUCUACCAGUACGACAUCCGUUUGUGAUUUAUUGUGGAAUCAAAGGGCAGCAGCACCAACGUCCACACAGGGCCCGUCUGUCUGAGUGAAUUUCCAAUAUGUGUCACAACUCUGUCUAUGUCUAUUUCUGUCCAUUGAAGUAAUCAAUUGCCUUAACAAAUAAAUGGCUCUGUUACAUGCUCACAGCUUUGCACAGUUCUCAAACAGUUGACGGAGAAAUCAAACCACAGUGGAUGAUUAUUUGUAGCAAAACGUUGCCCUAAAAGUUACUAGAAAGGAAUUGCUUUAACCGCUGGCUGUCAACAGCUGAGCCGCACAAUUUAGACAAUUGAUACCAACAACUGCGACAAUAUUUGGCAAUUUCUAUGGCAUCCUAACCUUCAGUUAGCGGCAGAGGUUUGUAUCCAUCGAGGUAAUGGACUUAUGUAACUUGCUGCCACUGAGCUGGCUUUGCUUAGCAAACAAAGGAGAAGAUAUCUGUGUAUAUCUUUAUCUGCCGGCUGAGUUUCCUGAAGCAAUUUGUCUUUAAAGAUGAGGCAUCAAAGUCCACGAAAAGAGACCAAAACCAACAGUACGUUAUCUGUCUCUGGAGACUUUUUUGAAUGUGGCUACGACCCUGACCAUUUGUUCUCAUAGAAUACUGUUAAAAACAGGACACGUAUUUAGUUUUUAAAGGCUCUGUAAUUUCCUAAAACAGCUGGGGAUUGUAGUUUUUAACCAACUUUACUUAAACAGGAGUAAGUGGUAAAUUUGUCGGGGACUACUUUCAGUAGCGGAUUAAUACACACUGUAUGUUCUAUUUAGUUUAGCUGGAUGUAGGAAGGUGUAUGUGGGAUUGACAAAAAAACAGUGUCCAUGUUCGUUGUAAUGAAGGAACACGUCACACAGGGCGAGCGUGUGGAUCACUGAUGGGAUUUUAAUAACUUGGACAGGAAGUAUUAUGAAUUUAACCGCAUGAGGCUUUGGCUACUUUGGCUUUGAUGUGAUAGUUGAUUAACUGAAUUGUUGGUUUUGGUCUUUUCGUUGGAUUUACCAUCCUUAUCCUUUAUUGCUACUUUUCAGAUAUUUGGUAACUGAUUCUCAAAAGCGUUCAAAAGGAACAUGUAGCUAACCAGGUUCAAUAAAA